AUGGGCUUCCUGCACCAGCUGCAGCUGCUGCUCUGGAAGAACGUGACGCUGAAGCGCCGGAGCCCGUGGGUCCUGGCCUUCGAGAUCUUCAUCCCGCUCGUCCUCUUCUUCAUCCUGCUGGGGCUGCGGCAGAAGAAACCCACCAUCUCUGUGAAGGAAGCCUUCUACACAGCAGCACCUCUGACAUCUGCUGGCAUCCUGCCUGUCAUGCAGUCCCUGUGCCCCGAUGGCCAGCGGGACGAGUUCGGCUUCCUGCAGUACGCCAAUUCCACGGUCACCCAGCUUCUGGAGCGCCUCAACCGCGUAGUGGAGGAAGACAACUUGUUCGACCCAGCUAGGCCCAGCCUGGGCUCAGAGCUCCAGGCCCUGCGCCAGCACCUGGAGGCUCUCAGCUCAGGCCCAAGCACCUGGGAGAGCCACCCAGACAAGUCUGCAGUGUCCUCCUUUUCUCUGGACUCGAUGGCCAGGGACCCACGAGAACUUUGGCGUUUCCUGAUGCAGAACCUGUCCCUGCCCAACAGCACAGCCCAGGCUCUCCUGGCUGCCCACGUGCACCCACCUGAGGUCUAUCGCCUGCUUUUUGGCCCUUUGCCUGCUCUGGACAGGGAGUCAGGUUUUCGCAGGGGUCAGGAGCCCUGGAGCCACCUGGGCAGCAAUCCCUUGUUCCGGAUGGAGGAACUGCUGCUGGCUCCUGGCCUCCUGGAGCAGCUUACAUGUGCACCAGGCUCCAGGGAGCUGGGCCGGAUACUCACUGUGCCUGAGGGUCAGCAGAGGGCUCUGCAGGGCUACCGGGAUGCCGUCUGCAGUGGGCAGGCUGCAGCUCGUGCCCAGCGCUUCACAGAGCUGGCCACUGAGCUCCGGAACCAGCUGGACAUGGCUAAGAUUGCCCAGCAGCUGGGACUGGAUGCCCCCAACAGCUCAGACCCCCAGCAGCAGACACCGUCUCCACGGAGCCUGCAGGCGCUUUUAGGGGACCUGCUGGAUGCCCAGAAGGUUCUGCAGGAUGUGAAUGUCCUGUCAGCCCUGGCCCUCUUGCUGCCCCAAGGCGCCUGCACUGGCCGGUCCCCAGCACCUCCAGUGAGCAGCCCUGGUGGAGCAGCUAACAGCACUGGGAUGGGGCCGGGCACAGCCUCCAACAGUACGGGCGAGGAGAGCGCCCAGUCGACUGCAGCCUCAGCCUCCCCAGACAUGCUUCAGGGCCAGUGCUCAGCCUUCGUGCAGCUCUGGGCAGGCCUGCAGCCCAUCUUGUGUGGCAACAACCGCACCAUCGAGCCUGAGGCACUGCGGAGGGGCAACAUGAGCUCCCUGGGCUUCACGAGCAAGGAACAGCGGAACUUGGGGCUUCUUGUGCACCUUAUGACCAGCAACCCCAAAAUCCUGUAUGCACCGGCGGGCUCUGAGGCAGACCGUGUUAUCCUCAAGGCCAAUGAGACUUUUGCCUUCGUGGGCAACGUGACCCAUUACGCCCAGGUCUGGCUCAACAUCUCUGCUGAGAUUCGCAGCUUCCUGGAGCAGGGCAGGCUGCAACAGCACCUGCACUGGCUGCAGCAGUAUGUGGCAGAACUGCGGCUACACCCAGAAGCACUGAACCUGUCACUGGAUGAGCUGCCACCCGCCCUGCGCCAGGACAACUUCUCAUUGCCCAAUGGAACAGCUCUCCUGCAGCAGCUGGACACGAUUGACAAUGCGGCCUGCGGUUGGAUCCAGUUCAUGUCCAAGGUGAGCGUGGACAUUUUCAAGGGCUUUCCUGAUGAAGAAAGCAUUGUCAACUACACACUCAACCAGGCCUACCAGGACAACGUCACAGUGUUUGCCAGUGUGAUCUUCCAGACAAGGAAGGACGGCUCACUCCCCCCUCACGUGCACUACAAGAUCCGCCAGAACUCCAGCUUCACUGAGAAAACCAACGAGAUUCGCCGGGCCUACUGGCGGCCGGGGCCCAAUACUGGAGGCCGCUUCUACUUCCUCUAUGGCUUCGUCUGGAUCCAGGACAUGAUGGAACGUGCCAUCAUCAACACGUUCGUGGGACAUGAUGUGGUGGAACCAGGCAACUACGUGCAGAUGUUCCCCUACCCCUGCUACACCCGUGAUGACUUCCUGUUUGUCAUCGAGCACAUGAUGCCGCUGUGCAUGGUGAUCUCCUGGGUCUACUCUGUGGCCAUGACUAUCCAGCACAUCGUGGCGGAGAAGGAGCAUCGGCUCAAGGAGGUGAUGAAGACGAUGGGUCUGAACAACGCCGUGCACUGGGUGGCCUGGUUCAUCACAGGCUUUGUACAGCUGUCCAUCUCGGUGACGGCGCUUACCGCCAUCCUCAAAUACGGCCAGGUGCUCAUGCAUAGCCAUGUAGUCAUCAUCUGGAUCUUCCUGGCUGUCUAUGCAGUGGCCACCAUCAUGUUCUGCUUCCUGGUAUCCGUGCUGUACUCCAAGGCCAAACUGGCUUCAGCUUGCGGUGGUAUCAUCUACUUCCUGAGCUAUGUGCCCUACAUGUAUGUGGCAAUCCGUGAGGAGGUGGCCCACGAUAAGAUCACCGCCUUUGAGAAGUGCAUCGCGUCCCUGAUGUCCACAACAGCCUUUGGCCUGGGCUCCAAGUACUUUGCGCUGUACGAAGUGGCAGGAGUGGGUAUCCAGUGGCACACCUUUAGCCAGUCCCCAGUGGAAGGGGAUGACUUCAAUCUGCUCCUCGCUGUCACCAUGCUGAUGGUGGAUGCGGUGGUCUAUGGUGUGCUCACAUGGUACAUCGAAGCUGUGCACCCAGGCAUGUAUGGGCUGCCCCGGCCCUGGUACUUCCCACUGCAGAAGUCCUACUGGCUGGGCAGUGGGCGCACAGAGACGUGGGAGUGGAGCUGGCCAUGGGUGCAUGCCCCCCGCCUCAGCAUCAUGGAGGAGGACCAGGCCUGUGCCAUGGAGAGCCGGCGCUUUGAGGAGACACGUGGCAUGGAGGAGGAGCCCACCCACCUGCCCCUAGUCGUCUGUGUAGACAAGCUCACCAAGGUCUACAAGAAUGACAAGAAGCUGGCCUUGAACAAGUUGAGCCUCAAUCUCUACGAAAACCAGGUGGUCUCCUUCCUAGGCCACAACGGGGCAGGCAAGACCACCACCAUGUCCAUCCUGACUGGCCUGUUCCCACCCACGUCGGGAUCUGCCACCAUCUAUGGGCACGACAUCCGCACAGAGAUGGACGAGAUCCGCAAGAACCUGGGCAUGUGCCCACAGCACAACGUACUCUUCGACCGUCUCACAGUGGAGGAGCACCUCUGGUUCUACUCACGGCUCAAGAGCAUGGCGCAGGAGGAGAUCCACAAAGAGAUGGACAAGAUGAUUGAGGACCUGGAGCUGUCCAACAAGCGGCACUCACUGGUGCAGACCCUGUCUGGCGGCAUGAAACGCAAGCUCUCGGUGGCCAUUGCCUUUGUGGGCGGCUCCCGUGCCAUCAUCCUGGAUGAACCCACAGCUGGAGUGGACCCUUAUGCUCGCCGUGCCAUCUGGGACAUCAUCCUGAAGUAUAAACCGGGCCGCACCAUCCUCCUGUCUACCCACCAUAUGGACGAGGCUGACCUGCUGGGGGAUCGCAUUGCCAUUAUCUCCCAUGGGAAGCUCAAGUGCUGUGGUUCCCCGCUCUUCCUCAAGGGUGCCUAUGGCGAUGGUUACCGCCUCACACUGGUCAAGCGUCCUGCCGAGCCUGGGGCUUCCCAAGAGCCAGUGCUGGCGUCCAGUCCCCCAGGUCGGGCCCAGCUGAGCAGCUGCUCGGAGCCCCAGGUGUCUCAGUUCAUCCGCAAGCAUGUGACCUCCUGCCUGCUGGUCUCAGACACAAGCACAGAGCUCUCCUACAUCCUGCCCAGUGAGGCCGCCAAGAAGGGGGCAUUUGAGCGCCUCUUCCAGCACCUAGAGCACAAUCUGGACGCGCUGCACCUGAGCAGUUUUGGGCUGAUGGACACCACCCUGGAGGAGGUGUUCCUUAAGGUGUCUGAGGAGGACCAGUCACUGGAGAACAGUGAGGCUGAUGUGAAGGAGUCCAGGAAAGAUGUGCUACCUGGGGCAGAAGUUUCGGCAUCUGGGAGUAGUCAAGCUGGCAACCUGGCCCACUGCUCAGAGCUGGCCCAGUCACAGGCAUCACUGCAGUCUGCAUCUUCAGUGGGCUCUGCCCGGGGCGAUGAGGGAGCUGGCUAUUCUGAUGUCUAUGGUGACUACUGCCCCCUCUUUGAUAACCUGCAGGAUCCAGACAACGUCAGCUUGCAAGAGGCCGAAGCGGAGGCCCUCACUCGGGUGGGCCAGGGCAGCCACAAGCUGGAGGGCUGGUGGCUGAAGGUGCGGCAGUUCCACGGGCUCCUGGUCAAGCGCUUCCACUGUGCCCGCCGCAACUCCAAAGCGCUGUGCUCACAGAUCCUGCUGCCAGCCUUCUUUGUCUGCGUGGCCAUGACUGUGGCACUCUCUGUUCCGGAGAUCGGUGACCUGCCCCCGCUGGUCCUGUCACCCUCCCAGUACCACAACUACACCCAGCGUGGUAACUUCAUCCCCUAUGCCAAUGAAGAGCGUCUGGAGUAUAGAUUGCGGCUGUCGCCUGACGCCAGCCCCCAGCAGCUGGUGAGCACGUUCCGGCUGCCCUCAGGCGUGGGUGCUACCUGUGUGCUCAAGUCUCCUGCCAAUGGCUCACUGGGACCCACACUGAACCUGAGCAGCGGAGAGUCCCGUCUGCUGGCCGCAAGGUUCUUUGACAGCAUGUGCCUGGAGUCCUUCACACAGGGGCUCCCGCUGUCCAACUUCGUGCCACCCCCACCCUCGCCAGCCCCGUCCGACUCCCCUGUGUCUCUGGAUGAGGACCUGCUGCAAACCUGGAACACCUCCCUGCCACCUACCACCGGGCCAGAGACAUGGACAUCAGUGCCUUCCUUGCCACGCCUGGUGCGGGAGCCUGUCCGCUGCACCUGCUCCGCACAGGGCACUGGCUUCUCCUGCCCCAGCAGUGUGGGUGGGCACCCGCCACAGAUGCGAGUGGUCACAGGUGACAUCCUGACCGACAUCACCGGCCACAAUGUCUCUGAGUACCUGCUCUUCACCUCUGACCGCUUUCGGCUGCACCGGUACGGGGCCAUCACCUUCGGCAAUGUCCUGAAAUCCAUCCCGGCCUCGUUUGGUGCCCGGGCCCCACCCAUGGUGCGGAAGAUCGCAGUGCGAAGGGCGGCCCAGGUGCUCUAUAAUAACAAGGGCUAUCAUAGCAUGCCUACUUACCUCAACAGCCUCAACAACGCCAUCCUGCGUGCUAACCUGCCCAAGAGCAAGGGCAACCCUGCAGCCUACGGCAUCACCGUCACCAACCACCCCAUGAAUAAGACGAGUGCCAGCCUCUCCCUGGAUUACCUGCUGCAGGGAACAGAUGUGGUCAUCGCCAUCUUCAUCAUUGUGGCCAUGUCCUUUGUGCCAGCCAGCUUUGUGGUCUUCCUCGUGGCUGAAAAGUCCACCAAAGCCAAGCAUCUGCAGUUCGUCAGUGGCUGCAACCCUGUCAUUUACUGGCUGGCCAACUACGUGUGGGACAUGCUCAACUACCUGGUCCCUGCCACCUGCUGUGUCAUCAUCCUCUUUGUGUUCGACCUGCCGGCCUACACCUCGCCCACCAACUUCCCGGCCGUGCUCUCCUUGUUCCUGCUCUAUGGGUGGUCUAUCACGCCCAUAAUGUACCCAGCCUCCUUCUGGUUCGAGGUCCCCAGCUCAGCUUACGUGUUCCUCAUCGUCAUCAACCUCUUCAUCGGUAUCACAGCCACCGUAGCCACCUUCCUGCUGCAGCUCUUUGAGCAUGACAAGGACCUGAAGGUCGUCAACAGUUAUCUGAAAAGCUGCUUCCUCAUCUUCCCCAACUACAACCUGGGCCAUGGGCUCAUGGAGAUGGCCUACAAUGAGUACAUCAAUGAGUACUAUGCCAAGAUCGGCCAGUUUGACAAGAUGAAGUCCCCAUUCGAAUGGGACAUUGUCACACGUGGGCUGGUGGCCAUGACAGUUGAAGGCUUUGUGGGCUUCUUCCUCACCAUCAUGUGCCAGUACAACUUCCUGAGGCAGCCACAACGCCUGCCCGUGUCUACCAAACCUGUGGAGGAUGACGUGGACGUAGCCAGUGAGAGACAGCGAGUGCUUCGUGGGGAUGCUGACAAUGACAUGGUCAAGAUCGAGAACCUGACCAAGGUGUACAAGUCCCGGAAGAUUGGUCGCAUCCUGGCGGUGGACCGCCUGUGCCUGGGGGUGCGCCCUGGAGAGUGCUUUGGCCUCCUGGGCGUCAACGGCGCGGGCAAGACCAGCACCUUCAAGAUGCUGACCGGCGACGAGAGUACGACAGGGGGCGAGGCCUUCGUCAAUGGGCACAGCGUGCUGAAGGAGCUGCUCCAGGUCCAGCAGAGCCUCGGCUACUGCCCGCAAUUUGAUGCCCUGUUCGACGAGCUCACAGCCCGUGAGCACCUGCAGCUGUACACGCGGCUGCGCGGCAUCCCCUGGAAGGACGAGGCACGGGUGGUGAAGUGGGCUCUGGAGAAGCUGGAGCUGACCAAGUAUGCAGACAAGCCAGCUGGCACCUACAGCGGUGGUAACAAGCGGAAGCUGUCCACAGCCAUUGCGCUCAUUGGGUACCCAGCGUUCAUCUUCCUGGACGAGCCCACCACUGGCAUGGACCCCAAGGCCCGGCGCUUCCUGUGGAACCUCAUCCUGGACCUCAUCAAGACAGGGCGCUCGGUGGUGCUGACUUCACACAGCAUGGAGGAGUGUGAGGCCCUGUGCACGCGGCUGGCCAUCAUGGUGAAUGGACGUCUGCGCUGUCUGGGUAGCAUCCAGCACCUGAAGAACAGGUUUGGAGAUGGCUACAUGAUUACCGUGAGGACCAAGAGCAGCCAGAAUGUGAGAGACGUGGUGCGGUUCUUCAACCGGAACUUCCCGGAGGCUGUGCUCAAGGAGCGGCACCACACGAAGGUCCAGUACCAGCUCAAGUCUGAGCAUAUCUCUCUGGCCCUGGUGUUCAGCAAGAUGGAGCAAGUGGUGGGUGUGCUGGGGAUUGAGGACUACUCAGUCAGCCAGACCACCCUGGACAACGUGUUCGUGAACUUUGCCAAGAAGCAGAGCGACAACCUGGAGCAGCAAGAGACCGAGCCUCCCUCCGCCCUGCAGUCCCCCCUGGGCCGCCUCCUCAGCCUGCUGAGGCCCCGGCCUGCCCCCACGGAGCUCCGGGCACUGGUGGUAGACGAGCCCGAGGACCUGGACACGGAGGACGAGGGCCUCAUCAGCUUUGAGGAGGAGCGGGCCCAGCUCUCCUUCAACACGGACACACUCUGCUGACCACCAGGCGCUGAGUCAGGGAUGCGACUGUGGGGACAGAAGUCAGGCAGGUGGUGACCGAGACUCCAUUCAUACCCUCAGUGCACACCUGCCAGACCCUGGAGAGGGGUUCAGGACCAAGGGGCAUCUCUCCCUCUUCCAGCCCACCACCAUCCUUGGCCCUGCCCCGUGGUCACUGCGACCAUCCUCCCCUAUUUGUGCCAAAGGCUGGCCCGGCCCUGGGCUGCACAUACCCUCACCCUGCUUUGCCUUAAAGUCUCAGGGGCCUGGCCUGGCCCUUGCCCUGCCCAGCUCUGCUCACUUUUCUGGGGUGACAUGGGCUGCCCCAGGCACCAACCGACCCCUCUCCGCAGUGGCGUGAGUCUGGCCAGGCCUGGCCUCCUGCCUUGGCUUCUCUUACACUGAUGGCUGAUAUGGCAGCUGCAGUGUCCAGGACUGCAGUGGCAGCCAGGAAGUUCACCUACUUAUUUUGCUUUAAGAAGGGGUUCCCCCAGCCUGCAGCUCUGCAGACAGGGGCCAUCUGUAGGAAGCCGUGGACAUAGCUGGGGAGGGGCUACCAUAGCACAGGUGGAGUAGCAGGAAAGGAGAAGCUGGUCCUGUUGGCCAGGUGAGGGGCCUGUCCCCUCCCCGCUCCCCUCCAGCUGCCUUUGCUAUCCCACCCAGCUUGGCCCCUGCCCACCACCCACCUGGGAGCUGGACCUGUACAUACCGCACAGAUGUUUGUUUUCAAUAAAUAAGCAAAAAAGC